AAACACCACAGACCACCACAAACCACCUACAAUCGCUCUUUCAUCCGCAGCCUUUCAUCUCACCGCCAAGUUCAUCAUUGCUCUCCAGGCUUCACGCUACUCUUUCGCGUGACAUUGCCUCUGGUCAGUUUUUCCUUGCUGCUUGUGCAGCAUUCGUUUCGCUUCCACCUUCGCUUUCUCCUAGCCUUCUGAUACAUAUUGGUCGAGAUUGGCGCUUGCGACAUUCCAGUCCCGGCCGAUGAUCGCAACACAAGAGGCCUAGAGUCAAAUGGAAUCUGAAAGGCAGGUUCAUCCUCUGCGCAUCAACAAGUCAUCAUCACCCGUCAAGAUGGCAAGCGCGGUGCCUCGUCCAUUGUCGGAGCUGUCUCCCAUGGAGAAGCGUCGCAACUCGCCUAGCUGGCACCAGCCCAACAACGCAUCCCCAAAGAAAUCAGCAUUCAAUACCGAUUCAUCACCAUUCCAGUCCUCGCCUCUCGAAACGGCCACGUCCCCUCGCCUGUUUUGGCAGAACCAGAACAGCGAAAACAUGUACUUUGGAACUCGCACCGGAUCACCGUCACCGACUCGACGAUCUUCCAUUGAGCGCCUCCAGAGGGCCUCGCGGGUCAAGAACAGCAACAUCCUUGCCCUUGAACAGAAGCAGGAAUAUGAUCCUACCCGCCUUCCACAGAUUGAGAGACCCCUUUCCAAGGUGCAAGGGACCUCAUUUCGCACAUCCACGUCGAGCGGCGCCCAGUCUCCCGACCCUUUCGAAUUUGACCGAAGCACCUCCAGCACCACAGUCAUGAGCCCGGGCAGGGAGCAAACAUCCCCCACAAAAUCGUCCCUCUCGCCAUCCAAGUUCAAGAGCAGCUUCGAUCGCGAGUUUGACGAAGGCGCCUCCAUGACCGACAUCAAUCUGCCCGGCAGCCGCUCGCUGCACCGACACACAAAGAGCGUGACUUUUGACGCUGCACCGCCCCAGAUCAAUGAGUACGAAAUGGCGACGCCAGAUCUGUCAUCUAUCGGAACGAAUUCAAGGGAAGGGAGUUACGAGUCGAUGGGCGAUGAGUAUGAUGACGACGUGCUCUACAACCCGACCAACAUGGACCAUCAUGAGGAUAGCUUCGAUGCUUCCCUCGAGGACACAGACAAGACACCUGUGGUCGGUCCAGACGAUUGGCGCGGCGAUAGCCCGAUGGUCCAAGGAAGACCCCCAUUUCAGUGGGAAGGAAGCCCUAUGCCUGACGCUGCUCCCUCGCUACCCGAGCUGGAUCGUCCCCAGGCCAAGCGCUCUGACUCUGCCAACUCUGAGCACCGUCCUCUGCCUCCGCUCCCGGGUGCUGGUCACACCAGGAGCCAAUCGGCGGGAUCUGCUCCAGAAUCCCCUGCUCUGUCUGCUACUGCGGAGAGGAUGCUUGGUACGCAUAGAGGUCUGCCAACGCCCCCUGCGGCUUUGGCCAGCAAAUCGGACAUCCAAAACAUCGGCAAUGGCAAAAUGACGCUUGAAGAGCGCCUGAAGCUCAUGAUGCUGUCUGAUGAUAGUGGCGCCAAGUCUGCCGCUGAACAACAACGGGAACGCCGCCUCAGGCGAGCAAACGGGCGCGAUAGGUUCGGCAGCCCACUCUCGGAUUCCACGAUUGACAUCCACGAGGAUCAUGAGGCGGACGACACCAUUGGAGAGAUUUCGCUCCUUGAAGAUUACGAGAUGCCGUCGCGCAUCUCCCGCGAGUCCAUCAUGCGCCGCGUCAAUGGCAACAAGGCUUUCGACCGGGAGUCUGAUUACAAUUUCUCGUCACCAGCUCCAGGUUCGAGCCCGCAACGCAGCCCAACCCGCAGCAGCCCUGAGAGACAGUUGCCUCACGACCCAGACGUCCCUAUCCCAUCCACCGAAGACUCCAUGUUGGAUGAUAUUGAUGAGGAAGAGGAGAGCAGCGUCAUCAUCAAUCGACCUGCUGCGGAUGAGUAUGACGACGACUCGGAAAUGUUCGAGUCAUACAUGAUGUCGGAGCUCGAGACGCCAGAGCCAGAAGCCCGCCAGGACAAUGACUAUGAAAGCAAUUACUCGGAUCAGAAUGAUCCCGUUGUUCAAGAGGUUGAAGCCAAGCAGCCCGAGCGAGAUGAGGUCACCACCCCAAGAGCCUCGACUUCCAUGCAAGCCACUGUCUUUGGUUCCGCAAUCCCUGACCUCGGUCCUGACACAAGUCAUGCCGCGUUCUCUCGCGACUUUGAGUCUUACAUGAUCUCUGAGCCCGAAAAGGUUGAGCCCACAGAAGAGAAGAAGCCCGAGCCCCAGGUUGAGGUCGUGGAAGUUGAAAAGGGUGAGACAGAAGAUGUCCGCCCUAGGACGCCCGACCGCCGUCUGUCGAAGCCAGAGUAUGACGGCAGUGGCUGGGGUGAACCUGAGAGCGACGAAGAGCCUGGCACGCCCGAGUCUGUGAUUCACCGCCCUGUCACGGACGACGAGUACGAAGCGCCACCCCCUCCUAAAGAGCCCAAAGAGUCUGUUUCUAUUCCCGAGCGUGUGGCCACCGUCAAGGCGUCUGGCUCGAAGCUCAAGACACGCGUCUCAAACACACCCUCAGACUUGGCAGCUAUGCGUGAGGCCCGGCGACAAGUUAGUCACGAAAUCCCCGGUGUCCCUCCCAUCCCGGCAAAGCACCAAAACAGGCUAUCGCGCGAUGCACCAAUGGAGGUGGCAGAGACGCAAGGCGACGGCUACCUUGACCGCCACCCAAGCUUCAAGAACCGAAGCUUGACACUUGAUCUCGACCUCGGACUCAGCCUCGAUCAAGACUUUGAGCGGGUCAUUGAAGGACAAAAGGUGCAGAACAACCCAAAACAACACUUGCACAAUACCACCCCUACUCAGCAGCCACAUGGACAAGCGUCCAACUCAUCAUCAUUUCAAGUACACUCUGCUAACACGUCUUCUCCACGACAGCGAGGUUAUCUCAUGCGCCAGAACACCAAAUUGGUGACAGCCACUGACAAGGAUGGAGACGACGCACGCCUAGCCCGUUCCGUUGGCAACUCGCCGGUGAAAGAACAGCGCCCUCAAUCUUGGGUCGUUGAACCUUGGAAUGGCAAGCGCAAGAGCAGCGCUCGUGUGCGCCCUGGCGUCCCCAACGGUCCCGUGCCACCCAUGCCAGGCCAGCAAAGCAAUGCUACAGGUCUGGAUCAGGUCAAUGAGGAGGAGCAGGCCGAAGCUGCCGCUCCCGAGACUGGGGAAAGGGGCCGCCUCUUCGUCAAGGUCAUGGGUGUCAAGGAUCUGGACCUUCCCAUCCCCAAGAACGAGCGAAGCUGGUUCAGUCUGACCCUCGACAACGGCGUCCACUGCGUCACCACUGCAUGGCUGGAGCUUGCUCGCAAUGCCCCUAUUGGGCAGGAGUUUGAACUUGUCGUUCCCAACGAUCUCGAGUUCCAGCUCACCCUCAACGUCAAACUCGACAAGCCUGCGCCCAUCAAGCUCGACAACCCCAGCGUCAAGACGGCCAAGCCCAAGACAUCGACGUUCAGCCGCGUUUUCGCAUCCCCCAAAAAGCGCAAGGAGAUGGAGAUUCGCCAGCGCGAAGAGGAAGAGCGCAACGCACGGCAGUAUCGUGACUCGCAAGCGCGCCAGCGCAACGCCGUUCCAACUGCUUACGAGCUUCUCUCUCCCUUGGCCGCUGAGGAUGGCAGUUUUGGUCGCUCCUAUGUCUGCCUUAAGGAUCACGAGAGCCGCUGCUUUGGCCGUCCAUACAUGGCGGAAGUCGCCUGCUUCAACGAGUGGGCGGUCGAGGAGGCUAGCUUUGCCUCAAGCGUCAAGAGCAAGCGCGGAAACGCAACGGUGGUCCGUCGCGCGCCUUACCCCAUUGGCAAGCUUGAGCUCCAGCUGCUCUUUGUUCCCCGACCCAAGAACACCACAGAGGAAGACAUGCCGAAGAGCAUGAACUCGUGCAUUCGCGAACUCAAGGCCACUGAGGAGAGGUUGUCCCGCAACUGGGAAGGCCCGUUGAGUCAACAAGGCGGAGACUGCCCCUACUGGCGCCGUCGUUAUUUCAAGCUUGUGGGCACCAAACUCACAGCUUACCAUGAGACCACACGCCAGCCUCGAGCGAGCAUCAAUCUCUCGAAUGCGAAGCGCCUCAUUGACGACCGUCGCGCUCUGACGGAAAAGGACACGCUCGUCAAGGGUGGGAAGCGCCGCCGAUCCGCGUUUGCCGAGGAAGAAGAAGGCUACAUGUUUGUUGAGGAGGGUUUCCGCAUCCGCUUCAACAACGGCGAGGUCAUUGACUUCUACGCCGACACGUCAGAAGACAAGGAAGGCUGGAUGAAGGUCCUCUCCGACGUCAUUGGCCGGGAUGACGGUGCCGCCGAGGACGAGAUAAGCGGCCCCAGGUCUCGGGCCAAAUGGUGCGAGCUCGUCCUCAAGCGGGAAGAGCAGCUGCGGCGUCGAUCUGAGGCUCGCAGAGUAUCCUCGGGUCGCCGCGUACCCUCGGGGCGCCGUGUGCAUUCACGAACCAAGAGCGCGUACGUCUGAGGCCCGUUGGGUCCACGGCGAGCAUGAGAUAGACGACCGGUACGACCUUGACGAAAUCGCCCCCGAAGCUGGCAUUUGGGGCAAUGGUGUCGUAUGUUGGCGGAUGAAAUGACGAGCAAUGUUUGGACGCGUUCUCGCCAUGGUACUUUCUCUUCAUGUUUAUGAUAUACAAUAGCCAUCCACAUGGCAAAGGGGUGUUGAGGAGGACGAACACUGAACCGCUGCGUCGGCGUUUGAGGGCUGCUUUUCUAUGUGAUCACUGGCCUCACGAACUUGAAUUUUGUAUUACAACACAUGAGUUAUAAUGAAUGUUACAUCCUCUCAUGAA